GUCCUUUGGCCCCUCUGUAGAGCGCCCUGUAGAUGUCUCUGCUACCAAAGAGGAGAGGUAACAAGGUGAGAAACUUGCAACAUUGUCUAUUUGUUGUAUCAUAGUGUUAAUGACAUUAGCGAGGCUUACAGUGAUAUCAUUCAAUCAUGCCUACAAACUGCUGACGCAGAGUUGAAUUUUUGCAAGAAGAGCAGCCAAAAGAUAGGCCAGUUGCCCAGUUGCCCCUAAUGGCAUGAACUAGCCCUUGUGAGGCGGUUCUCUCAUCAAACUUGUAAACUUGAUUCACUUCACCCUGGUAGCGAUCCAAGAAGUUUCUAAGAGUUUCUUUCUGCCCUUGCUUCAUUGUCAAAAUAUAGUUUAUUUGUCACCUCCGAACUUGGAGGGACUUAAAAUUGGCUAUGAAAGCCUUUGUUAGAUCAUCAAAACUAUCAAUAGACGAAGGAGAAGUUCUAUACCAGUCCUUGGUGAUGGCAGUGAGGAGUUUUAUAUUUAAAGUCCCAAUUCCUAUGCGCCUUCUAAAAAGCGGGAAAAUCAUUCAAACGCUUUCAUAGUUAAUCUCCAGUUAAACUAACAUGGUUGAUGCUUCAUCAUGAGCUCCUUAAGAAGCGUUGCAAAACACCCACUAAUUUCUCUAGUGGAUCCAGCUACAACCCUCAAAGAACUGAAGCAAAUCCAUGCUCAACUAAUCAUUACCGGCAUUCUCAACAACUCUCACCUUCUCGGCCAAUUUGUUGCCACAGUUGCCCUAAAUAAUCCCAACAAUCUCAGUUACUCCGAUCAAGUCCUUGAAAAAUGUCACAACCCAACUCUUUUCACCUUAAACUCCAUGAUUAGAGCUUAUUCUAAAAGCUCAACCCCAGAUAAGAGCUUUCAUUUCUAUAAGAGAAUCCUAGAAUCUAAUGAUUAUAUCUCGCCCGAUAAUUACACUUUUAAUUUCCUUGUUCGCACGUGUGCACAGAUUUUGUCAGCUGAGACUGGUCUGUUGGUUCAUGGUUCGGUUAUAAAACACGGGUUUGACAAUGACCCGCAUAUACAAAGUGGGCUGAUUUUCAUGUAUGCUGAAAUGGGUGUUUUAGGUUCUUGUCACAAGGUGUUUGAGCAAAUUCCUCAGCCUGAUUUGGUGUGUCGAACGGCAUUAAUUAGUGCCUUCGCAAAGUGCGGCAAUGUUGAUUUUGCCAGGAAGAUGUUUGAUGAAAUGCCUGAGAGGGACCCCAUCUCGUGGAAUGCAAUGAUUGCUGGUUAUGCACAAUGUGGGCGGUCAAGGGAGGCGUUGCAAUUAUUUCAUUUGAUGCAGGUUACAGGUGUUAAGCUUAAUGAAGUUUCUAUGGUUUCUGUUUUGUCUGCCUGUACGCAUUUAGGUGCCCUUGAUCAAGGGAGAUGGGCACACGUUUAUAUUGAAAGAAAAGGGCUUAAAAUAACAGUGACAUUAGGGACUGCGCUCAUUGAUAUGUAUGCAAAAUGUGGAAACAUGAAUAAGGCCAUGGAAGUUUUUUGGGGUAUGAGAGAAAGAAAUGUAUAUACAUGGACCAGUGUAAUAGGUGGGCUGGCUAUGAAUGGAGUCGGAACAAAGUGUCUUGAGCUAUUUUCACUGAUGAAACAAGAUGGGGUUCGACCUAAUGAGGUCACAUUUGUUUCUGUUUUAAGAGGUUGUAGUGUGGCUGGAUUAGUUGAUGAAGGCCGUCAGCAUUUUGAUUCCAUGAAAAAGGAAUAUGGAAUUGAGCCUCAACUUGAGCAUUAUGGCUGUUUGGUGGAUUUAUAUGGUCGAGCUGGGCGCUUAGAUGAGGCCUUGAAUGUCAUCCAUAACAUGCCCAUGAAGCCACAUGCUGGUGCUUGGGGAGCUUUGCUUAAUGCUUGUAAAGUGCAUAAGAAUUUGGAAAUGGGUGAGCUUGCCUCAAGAAAGCUAGUGGAGCUUGAGGCCAAUAAUCAUGGUGCCUAUGUGCUCCUGUCUAAUAUAUAUGCUGAUUCUAAAAACUGGGAUAGGGUUGAUAAUGUACGACAAAUAAUGAAGGCUAAAGGUGUGAGGAAACUUCCUGGUUGUAGUGUAAUAGAGGUUGACAGAGAAGUUCAUGAAUUCUUUGCUGGGGAUGAAUCCCACCCAAGGUAUGGUGAGAUUGAGGUUAUGUUGGAGGAAAUCUCUAGGAGGCUGAAAUUGGCUGGGUAUGUUGCGAACACGAACCCUGUCCUUUUUGAUAUAGAAGAAGAGGAGAAAGAGGAUGCUUUGUGUAAACAUAGUGAGAAGGUUGCAAUUGCAUUUGGUUUGAUCAGUGUGAAGGAAGGUGUGCCCAUUAGAAUUGUGAAGAACCUCAGAGUUUGUUGGGAUUGUCAUGAUUGGACAAUUACAAUUUCUAAAUUGUUUAACAGAGAGAUUAUUGUAAGGGACAGGAAUAGGUUUCACCAUUUCAAGGAUGGUGAGUGUUCAUGCAAAGGCUAUUGGUAAAAGAACUUGGUAUACCAGUUUUUGAAUUUUUGUACUGAAUGAUUCUUUUUCUCCAUUGCUCAAUAAAUGAUCAAGAAUAUACUUUCUUCA